GCGUAUAAAAACUACACUCGGCCGAUGGAUCAGCAACAGUUGAUCGCCAGCGUCCACCCGGUGCAUACACAGCUACAAGAACCCCAAUCCGUCCCAGGAUCACACCGAGCUUAUCCCACGAUUCCAUCUCCGCAGAACUCCGUCACCAUUCUUGCCAUCUUCGCCGCCUCCCUGGCCUUCUGUGCCGCCGAUGUGUCUCACUUGUCGCGCAGCUAUCUGCCACCGUUGAGCGGCGGCUUCUCCUCCGGAUACUCAUCCUAUCCGUCGUACUCGAGCGGCUCCGGCUAUUACUCGGGCGGCGGCGGCUACGCCUCGCCGAUCAUCUCGUCCAGCUACAAGAACUACGCGGUGCCGCAGUACACCACCUAUGCCACGCCCUCGCGCGCCUACUUGCCGGCGAAUGCGGGCUACAGCGGCUACUCCGGCUACUCGGGUUACUCCGGCUACAAUGGCCUGGACACCAAGUACGGCAGUAAUGGUGGCUACGUCUACUAGGCGCACACAGUGGUGACGCGAAUCCAAUUUCUGGAAGGCCAACAGCAAUGGAGCCAGCAGACAACUAUAUUCCUCUAAUCUUUUUUCUCGGCUAAGCAAUUUUUUUUAAUGGCUACUAAAUAUUUUCGAAUGCUUAAUUACGAAUAACAAA